AUGAAGCGGCCGCCGGCGGGGCCUCCCUCCCGGGGCGCCUCGGGCCUCUUCGGAGGGCAGCCGGCAGCGACGCCGGAGCCGGAGGAUGCGCUGAGCGCGGCCGAGGAGGCGUCGGCGGGGGCCCCGUCCAUCCCAGCGCGGCCUGCGGAGGGCGAGGCGUCGGGGGGCUUGCGCGAGUGCCCUUUGUGCCUGCUGCCCCAGCCCGCCGCGGCCUUCCCGGAGCUCUCGUCGUGCGCGCACCUGUCCUGCCUCACCUGCCUGCAGCAGUACCUGCGCAUCGAGAUCAGCGAGAGCCGCGUGCAGGUGGCCUGUCCGCACUGCCCGGCCCCGCUCCAGCCCGCCGAGGUGCACCAGCUGCUGCGCCCGGAGCCCGCCUUGCGCGACAAGUACGAGGAGUACCUGCUCCGCCGCCUGCUCGUCGCCGACCCGGGAACGCGCUGGUGCCCAGCCCCGGACUGCAGCUACGCGGUCAUCGCCUACGGCUGCGCCGAGUGUCCGCGCCUGGUCUGCGCCCGCCCGGACUGCCGCACCGAGUUCUGCUUCCACUGCCGGCAGCCCUGGCACCCCGAGGCCUCGUGCGAGCAGGCCUGGCGAGAAUGGAGCCAGCAAGCGCCCCUGGGCGCCAUGGAGCUCUCCCUGCAGCUGAUCCGGAAGGAGGAAGCCGGGGCGGCGGCGCCGGGGACCGCGCAGGACAAGGACGCCAUCAAGGUCUGCCCGCGCUGCGGGGCGCUCAUCAUGAAGGUGGACGACGGCAGCUGCAACCGCAUGAACUGCACCAUCUGCGGCUGCCUCUUCUGCUGGCUCUGCCUGCGCGAGAUCACCGACGUCCACUUCCUCAGUCCUUCCGGCUGCACCUUUUGGGGGAAGAAGCGCUGGUCGCGCACGCGGAAGGUCCUGUGGCAGCUGGGGAUGGUGCUGGGCGCCCCGAUGGUGAUCUCGCUGGUGGCGGGGAUCGCCGUGCCCGUCAUCACGCUGGGCAUCCCCAUCUACAUGGGCAAGAAGGUGCUGAGCCACGGGCGCAAGAGCAAGCUCUCCGGCUGCCAGCAGUGCCUGUCGGUCGCCAGCAGCAUCCUGCUCUCGCUCUUCGUGUCGCCCGUCAUCACAGCCGUCACUGUGGGCGUCGGGGUGCCCCUCAUGCUCACCUACGUCUACGGGGUCGUGGUGCUCUCGCUGUGCCGGAACCGCGGGGGCUGCGGAGGCGCCCGCAGGAAGGCCGGCGAGCUCAGCGCCGUCGAGCUGGAGAACCUCGCCAAACUGAACGAGCUGCUGGCCGCGCUGCCCACGCCGAUGGGGGCUGAGGGAGGGGGCUCUUCUGCCGCCGCCGCCGCCGCCGCCGCCAUGGCUGCCCCCUUCCUGCCCAGCCGGAGCAGCGGGCAGCUGGAGGAGUCCUACCCGAAGGGCCCGGAGAGCCCGUGGAACGAAGAAGCAGCUCAGGCCACUUCCCGCAGGGACUGGCAGAACAGGAUGGAGGUGGCGGUGGAGGUGGAGACGGAGCCUCCGGCCGCCCACGAGCACAGCCUCUGCAGCGCCGCGUCGGGCCAAAGCUUCUCCACGGAUUCGCUCACCUACACCAGCGACGGCUGCAGUUUGGCCGGAGUGACGACGGAGUGACGCCGCUUCCCCGGAGAU